AUGCCUGCUGCACCGUCGCGGAUGGGCGUGAGGCGGAGACGUGGUAAUGGGAAUGGGCAUGGCGAUUACGGUGCGGCAUCCUCCGACGCUGCUGCUGCUGCUGCAUGGGGCCAGCAGAGCUCCGCUGCAGUCACACAUCACCAGCAGCAGCAGGCCUACGGCCCAUCAGCAGGGCUCUUCGGCGCACCUCCCGCUUCGGGCUCUGGCGACUACGGCGCUGCGCCGAGUAGUGGGGAGGUCGUCGGCGGUAGUGGUAAUGGAAACGCUACUAACCCUACUGCGAGAGCUUUCGCGGAUGAGCAAGCGAGCGGUCAUCACUGGCACGCUGCGGGCGCGCAUGCUGCUGGCAUGAACGGGAUGAAUAGCAACGUGUCGCCGUACCCGGAUGUGGCUAGCUAUUCGCAGCAGCCGUAUUUCUACCAGCAGACGCAUCCGAGUACUUAUAACUCGCCGUGGCCACCGCCUGGGGAGGGUGCUUUUCAGGAGGGAGAAGGUUAUCAGAGUGCUGGUGCUAUGCCAUAUUUUCCUCCGCACGCUACAGCGGACGCAGGGAUGGAUGGCACUGAUGGACAGCAGCAUAUGGUGCAGUAUGGGCAGGAUCCUGCCAGUGGGCAACCGUUCAGCUACGCUUCAGGGAAUGAGAAUGGAGUGCCGCGAAGCGAUGUACCGCAACAGGCGUCGGCGUUCUUGUAUGAAGAUGCUAGUAUGCAUUUGAAGAUACAGAGUCUGCCGAUAUUGGAGAAUCUGGCUACCCAACUCAUCCACACAAUAGCCAAAGCCAGCUUCCCGCAAAUCCAAGAAAUCAUGCGCGCCAACGACGACGAAGAGAGCCAGGCCUACACCACGCUCAAAAGUCUGUUCGACCAGACCCGGAAAGUGUAUUCUCGAGAGACGCCCUUCAUCGACGCCAUUGCCAUCCAAAUGUUCCAGCCUUCGCAACAGGAGACCAUCCGCAAAGCCAACAUUGCCACCUUCCUCUCCUCCAUCCUGGGUGCGCAUGAUGUGAGCUUCUUCCACCUAAACGAGUUCUUUAUGGAGACGUUUGUCCCGCUCGGACAUCGGCUGUUGAAGUGGCAAGGGGCGGUAUACCUGGAGCUGAAGACGCAGACAUAUAUCUCUGCUCUGAUCAAUAGCGACGGCAGUCCCGAAGCGAUGCUCGACGAGUUGUUCCCUCUGGACCUGGACGCGCAAAUUCUGACCCGACACCCCGAUGCACCGAGCCUAUCGCCUAGUGAGCAAGACUUCAUCGACCGGAGUCGAGCGCGGAAAAGCUACCUUCUCGCCGAAGAAUCCGCAGGCGAAACGGUGGGCGAGCUACCGAAGAAGUACCAAUGGCAAGAGUUCGUCCGCGAGUUCGCCGUAAGCGUCAGCAAAAACAUCGACGCCAUCAUGAACGUCCCCGGCGGCAGCAGCGACCGUCGAGGCAACACCUCUCAGACCAUCCGCGACCCACUCACCGCCCCUAAGAACUCUUCCACCACUGACGGCACCGCCACGAGAAAACCCACCGCCCCCAGCUCCGCGAUGCGACAGCCAUGGUCGAAAGCCGAAGAAGACGCCUUGCUCUCUGGUCUCGAAAAAGUCGCGGGGCCGCACUGGUCGCAGAUUCUCGCUCUAUACGGCCGAGGCGGGUCAGUGAGUGAGGUGCUGAAAGAUCGAAACCAAGUGCAGUUGAAGGACAAGGCGAGGAAUUUGAAACUGUUCCAUUUGAAGAUGGGGAACGAGGUGCCGGCGGCGCUAAGGCAGGUUACGGGGGAGUUGAGGAAGAGAGGGGGUGCGAGGGCGAGGGCGGCGAUGGGAGUUGAGGAGGAGGGGGAUGAUGGGGAGGAGAUGGAUGUUGAGAGGAGUGCGAGAGGGAAGGGUUCGGGGAGGAGGAAGGGGAAGAAGGGGUGA